CAGGAUGCACAUUAAAACUGGCCUCGUGGACGCUCACCUCUACUGCCUGAAGAAAGAAGUGUUGGACUUUCUUGUUGACAACAAGUCCAUCUCUUCAAUCCGUGGAGAGCUGGUACCUUAUUUGGUGCGGAAGCAGUUUUCCAAAACCAUCAACUGUCCAAAUAUCAAAGAUGACGCAGAUGAUCGGAAUCUAAAAACGAAAGACGGCUCUACAAACCAGGAGCUCCUCAUCUCUUCCCGAGACGAGCCCCUUCUCCAGCUGGCUCAGGAGCGCUCCUGUUGGAACGACCACCGCGGCGACAUGAGCGCGGCUUACCACGGAGGAAAGCUCCGCUGCUACGUUCACAUUAUGGACGAGGGACUUUGCUACCGCGUCAACACUUUAGCUGCUUACAUAGAUACAAACCGAUUGGCCCCCAAGCUGUUUGAGGAGCCAGCCGUCCACUCCACUGCUUUCAUUUCUGAGAGAUGUCAGAUGGGAUCAGACAGCAUCAUCGGAGCAAUGUGCCACGUAGCAGAAAAGACUUCCAUAAAGAGGUCGACCAUCGGAAACUCCACCAUUGUAAAAGAAAAGGUCAAAGUCACCAACUCUAUCAUCAUGCACGGGGUUACCAUCGAGGAGGGGUGUAAUAUCCAGGGCAGUGUGAUCUGCAGUAAUGCUGUCAUCGGCCGAGGAGCAGACCUCAAACACUGUCUGGUGGGGAACGGACAACGGAUCGAACCAGAGGCUGAGAGGACUAACGAGGUGAUUGUUGGAACGGACCAGCUGAUGGAGAUCUAGCUCCCACGGAGAUAGAGUGGCAUCAACUCAUUAACCAAUCGGAGAGCAGCGAAACACAGAGGACAACCAAUUCAUCGGCUGACUGACCAAUCAGAAGCCUGGAUUGCAGCUUCACAAUUCUACACUCUCUUCUAAUCGGCUCUUUUGUACAUUGUGUCCAAAUAAAGACAAGUGAUUAAAACCAUGA